UUUGUUUCUGUCUAUAACAGGUCACGUCCCCAAGAGCGGGUUUCUGGCGAUCUUUUUUGGUUGUUGGUGGUUGCGAUUAUUUCUCUGAUGCAACUUGUCGAAUUUCAUUUCUGCACCGCCCCCACCACCCCUGAACCCCCCAAAAAUAACAGCCCUCACAUUCUCUUUGAUUGGAUUUGUUACUUUCUUUUUUUCCCCUAUCUUCAUUUCCAAUCUCGAUCUAAAGAAGACGAGCGAACGAUCAAACUGCCCUGCCUGUGCCUGUCUGUAUAUUUGAUUCUAGAGUCGCAGAUUUCCCACUGUUGAUGACAUUUGCUGAUGUUCACUACGCAGAUCCGCGCCUUAUGCCGUAUCUUUUCAAAUUAACGAUACGCAAAACAAGUAAAAGCAAGUGGGAGUUGUUUUAGUUGCUGCCUCAUCUACAAAUUGGAGCUUCUCUUACUGAAUACGGGAUUGAAGCGCAUAUCAUAUCAUUUUGGUAUUUGCUGAGGAGUUGUGCGGUUGUAACCUUUUCCUUCGCUGUUAUUUCAAUUAUUUACGGGUGAGCUGGCGGAUUAUUUCUAGAAUACUGCCUCUAUCUGCAGCUUCUCAAGGUUUUCCCCUACUCUUUGUGACGGAUCCGUCAACAGAAUAUAGGAGGUGCGAUUGCUCAGCUGGUCUGGAGUGCAUUCUCAGCAUUCUCAGGGCCCUCAGGAUGGGGUCCUGCUUCUCUGCGGAAAGCAGGAGCCCACUUGCCACUUCACCUUCGGGUAUCAGUAGACGGAAGAACUCUAGAAGAAGACUGGGAUCAAGGAGUUCUUCCUUUGACCAUUGGAGGGAUGAGCCCCUCCAUAGAAUACCGGGGAGGCUUUUUCUAAAUGGGUCUAGUGAAGUUGCGUCAUUGUUCACUCAACAAGGCAAGAAAGGCACCAAUCAAGACGCCAUGAUUGUGUGGGAGAAUUUUUGUUCGAGAAAAGAUACCAUUUUUUGUGGAGUUUUUGAUGGCCAUGGUCCGUUUGGUCAUAUGGUUGCUAAAAGAGUGAGGGAUUCUCUUCCCCUAAAACUGAGUUCUCACUGGGAACUUAAUGGAGCUGGUGAAGAAGUCCUCAAGGAGAUAAGCAUUAAUACUACAGGGAGUAUGAACUCAGAAGAGGCUACCUUUGUAUCUGCUGAUGAGGAAUCCAGGGCAUCCAUCGAUUCUGAGGAAAUGGAAAAGCACCCUGAGAUCUUUCGGACACUUAAAGAGUCAUUUUUGAGGGCAUUCAAGGUUAUGGACAGGGAACUGAAGAUGCAUCCAAGUAUUGACUGCUUUUGCAGCGGGACUACAGCGGUAACUCUAGUUAAGCAAGGUCGAGACCUUGUUAUUGGAAAUGUUGGCGACUCUAGAGCUGUUUUGGGUACAAGAGACAAAGAUGAUUCCCUUACAGCCGUUCAAUUAACAGUUGAUCUGAAACCCAGUCUUCCAGCCGAGGCAGAGAGAAUUCGCAAGUGUAAAGGGCGUGUUUUUGCUCUUCAAGAUGAACCUGAGGUUGCCCGAGUCUGGUUGCCCAACAAUGAUUCUCCCGGCCUAGCCAUGGCCCGGGCAUUUGGAGAUUUUUGUCUUAAAGAUUUUGGGCUAAUUUCUGUUCCAGAAAUAUCCUAUCGACGCCUAACUGAGAGGGAUGAAUUUGUUGUCUUGGCAACAGAUGGGAUUUGGGAUGUACUCUCAAACAAAGAAGUUAUUGACAUCAUAGCAGCAUCACCAGCACGUUCUUCCGCAGCCAGAGCGCUGGUUGAGUCAGCAGUUCGAGCUUGGAGAUAUAAGUACCCAACUUCCAAGGUUGAUGAUUGCGCUGUUGUUUGCCUAUUCCUUGACUCGGACUCGCCAAAACUAUCUAGCGCAUCUCAUAUCAAUUCUAAAGAGCAGCCUAGUUUAGGAAACCAAAUUGACCCAGAUGGCGGUGAAGACCUUUCUGGACCAACUGUUCUGGGAAGGUCAGGAACUUGCCGGGCAAGCAAUGAAGAAGCGUCAAAGGAGAUGGAUGCUGAGCUAGAAAAAGAGUGGUCUGCUCUUGAAGGAGUUUCUCGUGUAAACACACUUUUAAAUCUCCCAAGGUUUGUCCCUGGCGAAGAAGACGACAAGGCCGCUGCUGGGAUGAGGAGACGCAAAUGAUUUAACUUUUCCUUCUAUUUUUUUUAAUCAUUAUACAUACAUUUUUCCUAAUUUUAGUUCUUUACCUCGUUUUCAGCCAUCGACUUUGGUCUUUGAAUUUGGAUUGGACACUGGAGAGGAUAACCGGGCUAUAUUAUUGUGUCUGGAAAUCUGUCCUUUCUCUAUUGUGUGGAGGAUUGUAAAUGAUAAAUUUUGUAAAAUUGGAAUCUCCGUUAUUCUUCAAGAUAUUUGGCAAUUUCUGAUGUAGGAAUUGUUUGUUUUCUA